GAGAACUAUUUCCCACCCACCCCCCCACCCCGACGGGCGCCGUUCAAGGCCGGUCCCUGGAGCAUGCGCAGUGACACCUCACCCCCACCCCUCCCCACACCCCCACCGGGCUCCUGCAUUAAGCCCGGGGUUCGCAGCCGCAGCCGGGAUCAGGCACCCGGGGGCGGGCGGGCACGGUAGGGCCAUGGCUGAGGGUGAGGAUUUGCAGACCUUCACUUCCAUCAUGGAUGCACUGGUUCGCAUCAGUGUGAGUUAAGACAAGCAUGAAGAACAUGGAGAAAGAACUGCUGUGCCCAGUGUGUCAAGAGAUGUACAAGCAGCCACUGGUGCUGCCCUGUACCCACAACGUGUGCCAGGCCUGUGCUCGGGAGGUGUUGGGCCAGCAGGGCUACAUAGGCCAUGGUGGGGACCCGAUCUCGGAGCCCACAUCUCCUGCCUCCACCCCUUCUACCCGCAGCCCCCGCCUCUCCCGCAGAACUCUCCCCAAGCCAGAUCGCUUGGACCGGCUGCUUAAAUCAGGCUUUGGGACAUACCCCGGGCGGAAGAGAGGUGCUUUGCACCCCCAGGUGAUCAUGUUCCCAUGCCCGACCUGCCAGGGUGACGUGGAGCUGGGGGAGCGGGGCCUGGCGGGGCUUUUCCGGAACCUGACCCUAGAGCGUGUGGUGGAGCGGUACCGCCAGAGUGUGAGCGUAGGAGGCGCCAUCCUGUGCCAGUUGUGCAAGCCCCCACCACUAGAGGCCACCAAGGGCUGCACAGAGUGUCGUGCCACCUUCUGCAAUGAGUGCUUCAAGCUCUUCCACCCCUGGGGCACCCAGAAGGCCCAGCAUGAGCCCACCCUGCCCACCCUCUCCUUCCGCCCCAAGGGCCUGAUGUGCCCAGACCACAAGGAAGAGGUGACCCACUACUGCAAGACAUGUCAACGGCUGGUAUGCCAACUCUGCCGGGUGCGUCGCACCCACAGCGGGCACAAGAUCACACCAGUGCUCAGCGCUUACCAGGCCCUCAAGGACAAGCUGACCAAGAGCCUGACAUACAUCCUGGGAAACCAGGACACAGUACAGACCCAGAUCUGUGAGCUGGAGGAGACCGUCAGGCACACCGAGGUGAGUGGUCAGCAGGCGAAGGAGGAGGUGUCACAGCUGGUACGGGGGCUGGGGGCUGUGCUGGAGGAGAAGCGGGCAUCGCUGCUUCAGGCCAUUGAAGAAUGUCAGCAGGAGCGGCUGACCCGUCUCAGUGCCCAGCUCCAGGAGCACCGGAGCCUGCUGGACGGCUCAGGCCUGGUGGGCUAUGCCCAGGAAGUGCUUAAGGAGACAGACCAGCCUUGCUUUGUACAAGCAGCCAAACAGCUGCACAACAGAAUUGCCAGAGCCACUGAGGCCCUGCAGACGUUCCGACCAGCUGCCAGCUCCUCCUUUCGCCAUUGCCAGCUGGAUGUGGGGCGUGAGAUGAAGCUGCUGACGGAGCUCAGCUUUCUGCGAGUGCCCGAGGCACCCGUCAUUGACACCCAGCGCACCUUUGCCUAUGACCAGAUCUUCCUGUGCUGGCGGCUGCCCCCCCACUCACCACCUGCCUGGCACUACACGGUCGAGUUCCGUCGCACUGAUGUGCCUGCCCAGCCGGGCCCCGCCCGCUGGCAGCGAAGGGAGGAGGUGAGGGGCACCAGUGCUCUCCUGGAGAACCCUGACACCGGCUCUGUGUACGUGCUGCGUGUCCGGGGCUGCAACAAAGCCGGGUACGGCGAGUACAGCGAAGACGUACACCUGCACACGCCCCCGGCACCUGUUCUGCACUUCUUCCUCGAUGGCCGCUGGGGUGCGAGCCGCGAGCGGCUGGCUAUCAGCAAGGACCAGCGAGCAGUGCGGAGCGUCCCCGGGCUGCCCCUGCUGCUGGCUGCUGAGCGGCUGCUGACUGGCUGUCACCUGAGUGUGGAUGUGGUCCUGGGCGAUGUAGCUGUGACCCAGGGCCGCAGCUACUGGGCCUGUGCCGUAGACCCUGCCUCCUACCUGGUCAAGGUGGGCGUCGGGCUGGAGAGCAAGCUUCAGGAAAGCUUCCAGGGUGCCCCGGAUGUGAUCAGCCCCAGGUAUGACCCGGACAGCGGGCAUGACAGCGGUGCAGAGGAUGCCACCGUGGAGGCGUUACCACCCUUUGCUUUCCUAACCAUCGGCAUGGGCAAGAUCCUGCUGGGGUCUGGAGCAAGUUCAAAUGCAGGGCUGACAGGGAGGGAUGGCCCGGCUGCCAGCUGCACAGUGCCCCUGCCACCCCGCCUGGGUAUCUGUUUGGACUAUGAGCGGGGUCGAGUCUCUUUCCUGGAUGCUGUGUCCUUCCGGGGGCUCCUCGAGUGCCCCCUGGACUGCUCAGGGCCCGUGUGCCCUGCCUUCUGCUUCAUAGGGGGUGGUGCGGUACAGCUGCAGGAGCCUGUGGGCACCAAGCCGGAGAGGAAAGUCACCAUUGGAGGCUUCGCCAAGCUAGACUGAUCCUUUCUGACGGCUCUGUCCACCUGGAGUCUCACUGGGCCCUGGCUUCCCCGAGCCUCCCACACUGGGUUGUUUCCCCAGCAACAUCUCCCCCAACUCUUCCUGACAUGUGGUCCUGCCCCUCCCCUUCUGUCUGUGUCUUCCCAGGGCUUUCUCUUGACCAAGGAGCUCUCCUCAGCUCACCUCUCUGGAUGCCCCCAUUCUCUCCAUUGCCUGUUGGUUAGCCCCAGCCCCCAUGCCCACCAAGCCUCCGCCCCUUGCCUUGCCCUCGGCAUCUUACCCAAAUCAUGGAGAGAGCCCCUUCCUCACCCCUGUCUUGUGCCAAGGCUGACUGGGAGGGAGGGCGCCUGGAAUACUGGGCAUGAUCCCCAGCUCUGCCCUUCGCCUUGACAAACUCCUUGCCCCGUUGAUGCUGAACUACAUACAGCCUUGGGGCAGAAAGGCUUUUGGUCUCCCGAGUGGGGAUGGGACCCUAUCAUCCUGCUUUAUUUGGAUCUCCCCUACCCCCCAGCCGCAUGCCCCUUCCCUCCCUCUUUUCCCGCUUGCAUGCUUUACCUGUCCUGUAUCCAUGCCAACAUGCCAAGUCUCCCUUGGGGACCCAGCUGAGGCUGGAUGUUCCUGCUGGGUUGGGCCAGGCAAGGCGUCUGGUGCUUGCUGCUGCCUCCCUGCAGUGGGCACUGCUAGACCUGUGCCAAGCAACAGCUGUAACUUUCAUGGUUUAUAACAAUAAACUGUGACGCCAGGCACAUUUCUGCCUUCCCUGAG